AUGGAUAAAGAAUUGAAUGUAACGUAUAUUACUCUAGGUGGUCAUGUGGAAGUUAACAAAUAUAGAUAUCUUUACUUUUUGAUCAUGUUGACAGUAUUUAUUCUCAUAAUCUGCUUUAACUUCACCAUUGUGUGCCUCAUUUGGAUACACAGAAACCUCCACGAGCCUAUGUAUGUUUUCAUUGCUGCUUUGCUACUUAACUCUGCUCUUUUUAGUACUGCUAUUUACCCGAAGUUGUGCAUUGAUUAUUUAUCUGAGAAACAGGUCAUAUCAUAUCCAGCCUGUCUCUUUCAGUUUUAUCUUUUGUAUUCCUUGAGUGGUUCAGAAUUCUUGCUGUUAGCAGGCAUGGCCUAUGAUAGAUAUGUGUCGAUAUGUAAACCUCUGCAAUAUCCCACCAUCAUGAGAAAGACCACCGUGAAUAUUUUCCUGGGUAUAGCUUGGCUUGUGCCCGCUUGUCAGACUGCAGUCGCAGUAUUAUUGAGUGCUGACAUGAAAAUCUGCAAUUUCACUUUAAAUGGAAUUUUUUGUAACAAUUUAAUUUAUAGUCUCCACUGUGUGAGUUCAAAAACACUUUCUAUAUUUGGUAUUUUUGCAUUGCUGGAUGUUGGCCUGUUCCCUAUGCUGUUUAUACUUUUUACAUACACAAGGAUACUCAUGAUAUCCUAUUGUAGUUGUAGAGCGGUCAGGAAGAAAGCUGCACAGACCUGCUUACCCCACCUGUUGGUGUUAAUCAGCUUUUCCAUUUUGUGUGCAUAUGACAUCCUCAUAGUUCGCCUGGGAGCUAAUUUUUCACAAACUGUGCGUUUAAUAAUGACUUUACAAGCAGUACUGUACCAUCCUCUCUUAAAUCCAAUCAUCUAUGGGUUAAAAAUGAAAGAAAUUUAUAAACACCUGAAGAGGUUAUUCUGUCAAGCUAAAGUCAUCUAA